AUGGCGUGUCCUGAGAAUCGACCCAACGCUCGACCUCCAGUGACUCGAUGUUUCACGAAGGCCUGUGACCCCCCCAAACAUAAUGAGCGACAACAUAUAUCUGUUACACUGGGGAACAACCAGUACAACCAGCAAUACAACCAGCAGUACAACCACCAGUACAACCUCCAGUACAGCCACCAGUACAACCAGCAGUACAACCACCAGUACAACCAGCAGUACAACCACCAGUACAGCCACCAGUACAACCUCCAGUACAACCACCAGUACAGCCACCAGUACAGCCACCAGUACAACCACCAGUACAGCCACCAGUACAACCACCAGUACAACUACCAGUACAACCAGCAGUAUAACCACCAGUACAACCAGCAGUACAACCACCAGUACAGCCACCAGUACAACCAGCAGUACAGCCACCAGUACAACCACCAGUACAACCAGCAGUACAACCAGCAAUACAACCAGCAGUACAACCACCAGUACAACCUCCAGUACAGCCACCAGUACAACCAGCAGUACAACCACCAGUACAACCAGCAGUACAACCACCAGUACAGCCACCAGUACAACCUCCAGUACAACCACCAGUACAACCACCAGUACAACUACCAGUACAACCAGCAGUACAACCAGCAGUACAACCAGCAAUACAACCAGCAGUACAACCACCAGUACAACCAGCAGUAUAACCACCAGUACAACCAGCAGUACAACCACCAGUACAGCCACCAGUACAACCUCCAGUACAACCACCAAUACAACCAGCAGUACAACCACCAGUACAGCCACCAGUACAACCACCAGUACAGCCACCAGUACAACCACCAGUACAACUACCAGUACAACCAGCAGUAUAACCACCAGUACAACCAGCAGUACAACCACCAGUACAGCCACCAGUACAACCAGCAGUACAGCCACCAGUACAACCACCAGUACAACCAGCAGUACAACCAGCAAUACAACCAGCAGUACAACCACCAGUACAACCUCCAGUACAGCCACCAGUACAACCAGCAGUACAACCACCAGUACAACCAGCAGUACAACCACCAGUACAGCCACCAGUACAACCUCCAGUACAACCACCAGUACAACCAGCAGUACAACCACCAGUACAGCCACCAGUACAACCACCAGUACAGCCACCAGUACAAUCACCAGUACAACUACCAGUACAACCAGCAGUACAACCAGCAAUACAACCAGCAGUACAACCACCAGUACAACCUCCAGUACAGCCACCAGUACAACCAGCAGUACAACCACCAGUACAACCAGCAGUACAACCACCAGUACAGCCACCAGUACAACCUCCAGUACAACCACCAGUACAACCAGCAGUACAACCACCAGUACAGCCACCAGUACAACCACCAGUACAGCCACCAGUACAAUCACCAGUACAACCACCAGUACAACCAGCAGUACAACCACCAGUACAGCCACCAGUACAACCUCCAGUACAACCACCAGUACAACCACCAGUGCAACCAGCAGUACAGCCACCAGUACAACAACCAGUACAGCCACCAGUACAACUACCAGUACAACCAGCAGUACAACCAGCAAUACAACCACCUGUACAACCACCAGUACAGCCACCAGUUCAACCUCCAGUACAACCACCAGUACAACCACCAGUACAACCAGCAGUACAACUACCAGUACAGCCACCAGUACAACCAGCAGUACAGCCACCAGUACAACCAGCAGUACAACUACCAGUACAGCAACCAGUACAAACAGCAGUACAGCUACCAGUACAACCAGCAGUACAACUACCAGUACAGCCACCAGUACAACCAGCAGUACGGCCACCAGUACAACCACCAGUACAGCCACCAGUACAACCAGCAGUGCAACCAGCAGUACAACUACCAGUACAACCACCAGUAUAACCAUCAGUACAACCCCUACUACAGCCACCAGUACAACCACCAGUACAUCCACCAGUACAUCCACCAGUACAACCAUCAGUACAACCACCAGUACAACCACCAGUACAACCAGCAGUACAACCACCAGUACAGCCACUAG